UCCUUUCGACAUCACUUAAGUAUUGAUAUUAUAACCUAUUUCAAUUAUUUACGAGUUGGUUACGAUUUCUAAGAGAGUUUACAGUUUUUAAUUUAUUUGGUUCGGAGUGUUUAAUUUGUAUAGUUUAUUUCAUCACAUCAACAAUGGAGACUGCAACCAAAACUACUAAAAAAAAGCCAUCGAAGAUAGAAGAAAUGACAAAGGAACAAAUUCGACAAGCAAUCUUAAAAAAACGCGAGUGCAACGCCAGAGCUCAAUAUAUCGUCGAAAGUCUGCUUGAAGGUAUCACUGAGCAGUAUUUAUUACAAUGCCUUCCGGAAAUCAACCAAACACACUUCGACGACGUUGUUGAAGAGCGAUCUAUAAUCCACCUCUGCGGAUAUCCAAUAUGUUCGAGAAGCAUCUCCGAGAAAGAUAUACCCAAACAGAAGUACCGAAUAUGUAAAACUAACAAAGUGUACGAUAUUACCGCGAGAAAGAACUAUUGUAGUAACAGCUGUUACAAAUCCGCCAUGCAUGUCAAAAAACAGCUCUUGACAAGUCCAUUGUGGUUUAGGGAGUAUGAGGUCAUACCUACUUUCCACCUGUUGCCUCUGGACUCUGCGGGCAGCAUGGGACAGGAGAUAGAUGUCUCUUUAAUUGAGAGGAUCAAACCUGUUAAGAAAUCCUUUACAUCCAUCAAUGACUUCACUAGUGCCAGUUUUAAAGAGAUUACUGGAAGUAUGGAUACAGAAAUAUGUUACAGUAAUGAAGGAGAGAAUGGAAGUGAAGUUCCUACAAAAGAUAUAAUGGAUGGUAUAACACAACUCAAGAUUACUGAAGACAAGGUUAUAGAUUGUCCAAGUGAAGACAGCAAAAGGAAUGAUAAUAAUAAGAUGUUAAACACAACUUCAAAUAAUAAUGACAAUGUAUCGAAAGAUCCACCAGGUACACCAAUAUGUAUUGAAGGAAAAUCAGAUAGAAAUUGCAAAACAAAUGAAAUUAAAUACUACAAAAUCAAACCUAAAUAUUCCCAAAAGGAAAAUAAGAAACAAGUAGCAAAUCCAUUAAACAUAGUAGGUGAGAUUAUAGAGAAACCUGCAAAAAUAGACCCAAUACUAACAAGUGUACCAGAAAUGCCUGAUAAAGACAAAUCUCAAAAUAAAAGUAAGAAAAAGACGCCUUUGAAAAAACAGCCUGUGGUUACAACACUGACUAUUGAAGUAGAGAAAUGUGUAGCAGAAUGGUUUACAAUAGACACUCUCCUUUUCUUACUAGGAGAGGAGAAAGUAAAAGAGCUUGUAGCUGACAAAGGAGAAUGUAUAAAGGAGUACUUGAACAACUAUGCAAAAGGUGUAUUUUACAAUUCAAAUGCUUAUGACCAGUACCAAGCUCUAUGCAAGAAAUUAAACAUGCUUGAAUUGGAAGACAAGAAGUAUGAUGCUCAGACUUUACACAGAGAAAUGAAACCACUACCAGAUUAUUCAAUAAUUCAAGAAGAGAGUAAGAAGAUACAGUUGAAAGUUAAAGCAUUCUAUGCUGGUGAGACAGAAAUACCUACACCAGAAAUUGUGGAGAAAAUAGAAUCAACAGAAGAAGAUAAUAUAACUCAACUACCAUUAGUAGAUAAGAAUGCCCAAAAUGCAUUACGUAGGAGAAUAGUGUGUCAACACUUGAACAAAAUGUUACCAGAUUUGUUAAGGUCAUUGGGAUUGUUGAGUUUAUCAAUAAGUUCAGAUAUCCGGUUGCUAGUAAAUACAUUUAUGUUGAAAGCAAAUAAUAUUAUGUUCAAGCCGAUACAGUGGACAUUGAUAGCAAUUAUUUUCAUAAAAUUACUUUCUCUGAGGGAUAAACGUUUAGAAGUUUUGUUAGCACAACCUAUGGCAUAUCAACAUAUGCAGUUACUCCUACUGAGCUAUAAACAAGAUGGGGGAUAUUUGGACAGACUGAUUUCAUGGCUUACAGAUGUUGAUCGGCUUUUAGAUACAAAUGAUACUCAGUUAACUAUAGAAUGAAUACAGGCCAUGUAUGUGUUAGUUAAAAAAGAACAGAAUAUUUAUUAUAUUGUGAUAAUGAGUAACCAGCAUAUAUUUCUGAAAUUUUGGUAUAAAGCUUAAAACUAAACUUAUAAAAGAG